AGUUGCAUUAUUUAAUUAAUUUGAAAAUCCCGAAGGACACUAGGAAGGUGAAAGGCGGAGGAGGAGGAGCAGCGGUUCGUUUAAUCUCCAGAGAACGACUCCGACCGGAUUGAUGGAUCAGGUCCUCAACAAGGUGGGAUCCUACUGGUUCAGCAAGAGAGCCAACAAGGAGAUCGACUCCGUCGGCGAUGACCUCAACUCACUGUCAAGCAGCAUUGAAGGUGGAGCCAAAUGGUUGGUUAAUAAAAUCAAAGGGAAAAUGCAAAAGCCAUUACCAGACCUGUUGCGUGAAUAUGACAUGGCAAUAGGAAUUUUCCCUCGUGAUGCCACCAACUACGAGUUUAAUGAAGACACAGGGAAGUUGACUGUGUAUGUACCCUCUGUUUGUGAGGUUGGGUACAAGGACUCAUCGGUGCUGCGGUUCACCACCACUGUGACUGGGUACUUGGAGAAAGGGAAACUGGUUGAUGUUGAGGGGAUGAAGACAAAGGUGAUGAUUUGGGUAAAAGUAACCACCGUUUCUACUGAAGGUUCCAAGAUUAAUUUCACUGCUGGAAUGAAGAAAUCUAGGAGUAGAGAAGCUUAUGAGGUUCUUAGAGAUGGAGUGAUCGUUGACAAGUUUUAAAUAUGUGAGAAUCCUCAUGGAUUCUACCUAUCUGCUAUAAUACUCAGUUUAUUGCAUCACUCUGUUACUUCCAUUCAGGCUGUAUUCUGUAAUUACAAGUACCUUCUUCAUUUGACAUUGACUUUGUUUCUGGUAUCUUCCAUAUCUAAGCCAACUAUUUUGGCCUCAAGAAAUUGUAUUUUUUUUUUUUUU